AUGUGCGUACAACGCUGUUUAGGAUUACUUUCAUUUUUCUUCUGUGUUGCAUCCAGUUACUACCUUUGCCCUCAGAAUGUGCAGUGCCCGCCCGGAUGUACAAAAAUAGACACAAGAGGAUGUAAACUUUGCGCAUGUGGGCCUGGAAUGUUUCAUCCUGGCGGUUAUGUAGGCAUGCCCAAAGGAAUGAUGGGGGGUUUUGGUGGGUUCUUGCCGGGAUCCCUAGGAGGGGGUAGCCCAUACGGCGGCAUACAGGGAUCUAAACACGUGACUGAGCGGCCAUUGAAGGAGUGUCCCGGAACUAUGUUAUGCAUGAUGACCUGUAAAGGUCACUAUACACUCGGUGACGUAGCCAGCAAUGGCUGUCGAUCAUGCACGUGCCCAACCCACCACGAGACAACAUCUAAUGUUGUACAUGUAGUACACGUGCAGACAGCUAGUCAUUCCACUCCUCAUCACGACUGCGCGGGCACUAAACUUUGUAUGAUGACUUGCCGCACAACAUAUAUGCUGGGAGAAAGGGGUUCUGAUGGGUGCCAGUCUUGUACAUGCUUACCAGCACCAACUGAGGCCCCUAAACCAGCACCCACCAAGUCAUGCAUGUCCACUGUGUUGUGUAUGCUCUCUUGUAAGACUGGGUAUUCUCUCGGAGCAACCGGAAGCGACGGCUGUCAGACAUGCACGUGUGUUGCACCACCCACACAACCUCCCACAACUCCGGCACCCAAGGUAUUGACUUGUUCCCACACCAUCCAAUGUAUGCUGAACUGCAAACAAGGAUACACUCUCGGAAACACAGGAACUGAUGGCUGUCCCCAAUGCGCUUGCGUUGUCCCAACCAAGGUCAUCGAGGUAUUAACCUGUUCAAAGAACAUUGAGUGUAACUCUGGAUGUGGUGCGGGAUAUAAAUGCGGACAUGACGGUUGUCCAACAUGUGAAUGCAUAAAACCAGCAACUGUCGGGUUGACGGUCGUGGAGAUUGUGAAACAGCCAGUGCGUUGUACCACAGCAUUUUCGUGUCCUGCCUCGUGUGAACUCGGAUACAAAUGUGGAGAUGAUGGCUGUCCCACGUGCCAGUGUUUAGUCGCUGUAACAACGGAUGCCAAAAUUGUAGUCCCACACAAAACAGUUGAACCAUGCCAUGAUUGUGAUGGUGGGGUACCUGUCCCGCAGCCAGUCCAGGUAGAUCAUUGCAAAGAUUGUGACACGGGCCACGAACAGGUUUUACCGCAUGUCACCACCGGAGAAACUUGUCAUGAUGGUUGUGAUAACCAUGGAAAUACCCAGCUAUCUGGUGGAAUCGGCCAAUUUACACCUGGUGGUUCAGGAGGAAUGCCCUCGAGUUCCAUACCAGGAUCCACUACUGGAAACGGAGGGGGCAUGACAUCACCAUUUCAGCCAGGAAGUUCUGGUCCUGGAGUGUCCUCUCAUAAUCCGAAUGGUGGAUCCAGUUCGGGAAAUGCAAAUGGUUCUGGGAUGCCUUCUCCAUUUAACCCGAAUGGAGGUGGUGGUGGAACUUCCAACGGGCCUGGUAUACCAUCUCCAUUUAAUUCCAACACAAAUGGAGGUACAUCAGGAGGUGGUGGAUCUUCAAGCGGAUCAGGUAUGCCUUCUCCAUUCAAUCCAACUACAAACAGCGGAUCUGCAAGCGGAUCAGGAAUCGGAUCAGGAAUGUCUUCUUCAUUUAAUCCGACUACUAACGGCGGAUCUGCAAGUGGAUCAGGUAUGCCCUCCCCAUUUAAUCCAGCUACAAACAGUGGAUCAGCAAGCGGAUCUGGUAUGGUUUCUCCUUUCAAUCCGACUUCUAACGGAGGUGCAAGUGUUUCAGGAAACGGACAUGGAUCAGGAUUGCCAUCUCCUUUUAACCCAGGGACAAACGGAGGUGGGACAUCAUCAUCAUCUGGAUUGCUUGGAACUUCUGGUUCUUCGUCACAAACGUCGGGACAAAAUCCUCUUUUGCCUCAAUUUUUGCAAGGAAAUAGCGGAAUGGAAGCCCAUCAAACGAUAGCUGGUCUUGGAACCAAACCAGGAAAUGUUAAUUUCAAUGCAGGAACUAUGGGUGGAAGUCUUCACCAAAUCAACACGGAACAGUCGAUAGGUCAUCCAGUGGACACUAGUCAGUAUAAUGGACAACAGACGGGAAUUCUAGCUACAAACACAAAUGGACAAUCAAACGCACAACCUGGAGGAAAUUUCUCCAAUCCAUUCACGGCUUCUGGAAAUGGUGCAUUUACAAAUGAUGGAUUUAAGCCAAGCCCUUUCAUGCAAGCAGCAGGGCAAAAUGGUGGGAAAGGGCCUUUUGCGGGGUCUAUGAAUUCUGGAAAUGGGACUUCAGCGGGACCUUUCUCGGCAGUGGGUGGAAACGUUAAUGCAGGUUUUUCAGAAAAUACUCUCCCAAAUCCUUUCCAAGCUACUAGCGGAACAGGGGGAAAUACAGCAGGGAAUGGAGCGGCGACGAGUGGAUUCGGACAAGGAACAAAUCCUUUCCAAGCUACUAGCGGAACAGGGGGAAAUACAGCAGGGAAUGGAGCGGCGACGAGUGGAUUCGGACAAGGAACAAAUCCUUUUCAAGCUACUAGCGGAACAGGGGGAAAUACAGCAGGGAAUGGAGCGGCGACAAGUGGAUUCGGACAAGGAACAAAUCCUUUCCAAGCUACAGGGUCAGGUGGGGGUCAUCAACCUUCAUUUGGCGGAUCAAGUGGAAUGACUGCAACCGGGACAAGUAGUGGGGGUUCAGCUGGUGGAGCUAACAAACCUAAUGUUGGAGGAGCUGGAGGAUUCAAUCCAUCCCAAGGAAAUGGGGUUGGAAGUUCUGUAGGAGGAAAUAAACCUUAUGGUUUCGGAGGCGGGUCAGGAGGAGGAAUGGGUGGUGGUUCCCCUAUGGGCGGUGGAGGAAACUUCCACGCACCGACUGGAUAUGGUGGGGCAACUGGAGGUGGCCCAAUGAUGGGUGGCAGUGCUGGGGGUAACCCAAUGGCUGGAUCUACCAAUAGUGGCACCGGAAGUAAAAUAGAUGUACAGUACGUCAUGAAGAAAUGUCCAAACACCAUGCACUGCAUGACCACAUGCCCCCAGGGAUACCGUCUCGGAGGUGAAGGAAAGGACGGAUGUCCACUUUGUACCUGUUUGGGGAAGCAAGGGGAAGUAAUGCAGGGUUUGCCCCACCAAAACACCCUACAAGGUCUUGGUAAUCUCCAGAAAGGGAAGAAGACGGGAAAGCAAACUGAACAGAUUGAAAAUGUGUCCAUUUUAUGUCCGCCAUCAUUCGCUUGCCCAAUCACUUGUCUUCAUGGAUACGUUACAGACUAUCAUGGCUGUCCUUCGUGUUCAUGUCACGUGAUUCCAGAAUCUGCAUCUUCCUCCCCUGCCUCCAUUGAAUGUGAGGGCCACUUCAGCUGCCCCCAAAAAUGCCAUUCUGCUUACGUCAGCGGAAGUGAUGGAUGUCCACAGUGUGACUGCGUGCCGGUUGCAAAGCCGAAACCUAAACCCCAACCGACACAUAUUGACGCCCACGCUAUAUUAGCACAUUGUCCAACCACCAUGAACUGUAUGACGUCAUGCAAGGAGGGAUACACACUGGGUGGAACUGAUGCUCAUGGAUGUCCCAGUUGCACAUGUGCAAAGAUACAGAAAACUGACAACUGCCACACUGGAUGUGAUAAACCUACCACAGCAGUCGCAGUCAAAACAUGUGAUGCAACAAUAACAUGUAUGACGUCAUGCGAACACGGAUAUACACUAGGAGACAAAGGUCACGAUGGUUGUCCCGCCUGUAGAUGUGAGCAGAAAUGUACCACAUGUGAGACUCAUCCAAUCGUCAUUCAGAAAGUAGACGAAUGUAAAAGUGGAUGUGAACAGAAACCCGUGGUAGUUGUACAGAAAACCCACGAGUGUACGGAAAACUGCCACCAGAACACAGGAACAUACGUAGCAGUCGGUGGAUCUAGUGGUGGAACUUCCGGUGGAUCUACUGGUGGCGGACUUGGUGGAGGCGCUGCCGGUGGUUUCUCGGCAGGGAGUGGUGGUAUGGCGGCCGGCGGGAUGGCCGGUGGUAUGGCGGCCGGCGGAAGUGGUGGUGGUGCUGAAUGUAGACCGCUUCCUCCGAAUUGUCACCCUCACUGUAUAAAAUAUGACGUAGCUCAUUGUCGAAAGUGCAUGUGUGAAAGUGAAAAUAUAUUUUAUAUUUGCAAAUCAAUGCACACAGAUCACAUAAUUCUUUUUUACUGUUACGAAGUAAUCAAGAAUGCCCUGACCUACUUCAAGAUCACCUCAAUGCCCACAAUUCCAAAGAGCGCAAGCGCAUUUGAAGUUCUUCGUAUCAGGAGAUGGCAGAGAGGUCGACCUGUUUUCAAAGUCAGUUCAUAG